AUGGACAAGCCGCCAAUCAAUUCUCGAUAAUUUUCAAGACAAAAAAGCUAGCCUCUCAUAAAACCAAUUACACCUUAAAACAACUUUCGAAUCAGCAAUCAUAAUCAAUUUUAAAACAAACAUAAGAUACAAAGAACCUCCAAUAAUUUUUUUAAUAAUAGUCAGGAGUGCUUAAAGAAUGAAAAUUAGAAUGUAAGUCAAAAGAAAUUGGGAUAGGAUUACAAAUAGUUUUAUUUUGAGAAGGAAGACCAAGAGGAAGAAGUUUCAUUUAAAUAAUUAUGCUUAGAAAUGACUUCAAAAUAUGUUAUUGAACCUGUGUUUGGAGAAUCUCAUUGUUAUAAAUAUUAUAUCAUAAUUUUUAUUGUAGUUAUGAAUAAAUCACCAGGUAGCAGUCCCAAGCAUUCAUAAUCUAACAAUCCAAGGAUUAAUAAAUAUAGAAACCUCAUAAAGAAUUCUAACUUCCAAUUGGCUCAUACUUAAAAAGAAGUAGAUGACUUGUUAAUUGCUUCUCCAAUAACAUCUUUCUCUGCUCCAAGAGGUAAGAAAUUCAAGGCUUCAUUUUGUAAAUUUCUGGCUGGAAAUAUAGAUACAAAACAAUUGAUUGAUCAUAGCAAUUUUCCAACAACAAUAGAAAACAUGAAUGACAAAUUUGAGUAUGUCAAAUCACAUAAGGAAUCUGUUUGUUCUUUCAAAGAUUCAGUAGUCAAUAAAGAACAUUUACAAAUUAACUUAUUGGAGGAUAAAUUAGCCAAAUUGAAGAAUACCAACAAUAAAACCUAGGCUGAAAAUAAGAGAGAAAGACUUUAUGAAUUAUCAUUGCAAGUAAAGAAGGACAAAAAAAAGUUGUCUAAAUAGGAGAAGGCUCUAUUAAAAUGGAAGAAAAUUAAAGAUGUAAUACAAAAUAAUAUACAACUCAGAAGAAUGAUUAUAGAUGAAAAAAGAAAGUAAACCAAAUUUUUAGAUAACUUAGAAAUUGCUUUUCAUAAAUCCUCUGAUUUCUACAUUCAGAAUUUAAGAUUUCAUUAAUUACGUACCAUGACAGUACUCAAGGAAAAAAAGCUUUCGAAUUCCAAUAACUAAAAUUUAAGUCCAAGACAUUAUCAUUUUUUGUUAAGUUUAUAAUUUAAAGAAAACUCCGAUGAUUUUUUAUUUAAUCGUUUCACAACAAUUUCUGAACAUCUCUAAAACCUUAUGAAAAAUAAUGAUUAAAUUUAUGAUAGAGUACUAAAUCUCUAUCUAAAUAAAAAGGAGAUUUAUCUGCAAUGGGUAAAAGAGUAAAAAGAAAGGAAAAUAAUCAAUAGGAAAUAAAGUAAAUAAUAAUAUUCAAAUGAUAUACAAACAAGUACAUCAAAUUCAUUAGGCUUAAAUAAACACAAACCUAUGCAGAGAGUAGAAAAUCCAUUUUAACAAACAUAAAGAUUUAAGGAUUAUCAAAACAAAUUGAUAGAAUAAGUCAAUGAUAUUGAAUAAAUAGAUUAAGACUCGAAAAGUCAAUUAAAAUAAUUAUUACAAAAGAGUAACAAAAAGAAGAAUCCUGAGGGUGUAAUUAAGCAUAAUAGAUUUCUAUCCUAUCCUACUAAUUCCAAUAGCGAUUAAAUCGAUGAUUUCUAAGAUAACAUAUCAAAUGCUUCUAUCACAGAAGCCCUAUUGGACCAACUGUAUUCGGGAGCUAAUACCUUAUAAUAGAAAAUCAACAACAACAAAGGUUUGACAUUUUAAAGGAAGGUUCGAGAUUAUUUGAGAUUGGAAGAAAUUAAAUUAUAAACUAUUCGCGCUAAUAAUUUAAAACUAAUUCCUAAAUAACAUGACUAAAUUAAAUGA